AUGAACGACCCUGGCCUCGACCAACCGAUUGACGAACUCGACGGACAGGUCAAUGAUACAUACGAGAAAGAUAGUCCCAAUGACAUUGACGAAGAGGAAGAGGAGCAAUCCUACCUGAUUCCCGCGCGAUGGUGGUACGCGUCUACGGCUUGUCCGCUCGCUGCGGGCACGUUCGGGCCUAUGGCCAACGCGUUCAGCAUAUGCGCACUCGUCGAGAACUGGAGAGUUCGGAUUCCACCUGGCGGCACUGAGGAGCACGGCAUCGACGUCGUGGAUCCACAAUGGCUCAUCGCAGUGAAUGCCGUCUCACUGGUGUGUGCUCUGAUCGCAAACCUCUCCCUACUGCUGAAUAUGGCACGCCGCAUACCAUUCUCUGUCGCCCAGCCCAUCACAAUUCUUGGAUUCUGGAUUGCCUCGCUUCUUUUGAUCGCACUCAUCUCGGUCGCAAGUUCCGGACUGUUCGAGCUACCCGGAGACGCCGACCAUGCGCUCACACAGGCAUACUACUACGCCAUAUUUGCUGCAGGUAUCUACCAGAUCGUCUCGUAUCUGAUGUGUGUCACAGUCUAUGGUGCCUGGAAGGGACACUACAGCAAGGAGUUCAAAUUAACCGUUGCGCAGCGGACCCUUAUGCUGCAGACCAUUUCCUUCCUUGUCUAUCAGAACGUCUGGGCCCUUGCAUACUCCCAUAUCGAGGGAUGGAAGUUUCUCGAUGCUGUAUACUGGGCCGACUUCACCUCGCUCACCGUUGGUAUCGGUGGUUCAUACACUCCCAAGACCCAUCUUGGCAGAUCACUUCUUUUCAUUUUCGCAUUAGGUGGCAUUGUCAUCCUUGGUCUCGUGAUUGGAUCUAUCCGCUCGCUGGUUCUCGAUAGAGGCAAACGUAAAAUGGAGGCUCGAAUGACCGAGAAGACACGUCAGAGACUCGUCCGCCGCAUAGCCGCAGCAAUGGAGCAGCGCAGUCAUCGGACACUUACCCACAGAAUCCCCAAGAGAAUGAAACGAGCCCUGACAUUGCAGCCUGGAGAUGGAACAAUGGCCGAGCUGGAUCGUCGACACUAUGAAUUCGAGGCUAUGAGGAAGGUUCAAGAGGUUGCUUCUACACGCCGAAAGUAUACGGCUCUCUCCGUCUCAACGUUCGCUUUUGCGUUCUUGUGGACCAUGGGAGCUUUUGUAUUCUAUAAAGCGGAGAAGAAUCAACAGUGGUCAUAUUUUGAGUCGCUCUAUUUCUCGUAUACAACACUACUGACAAUCGGCUACGGCGACUUCGAGCCAAUGAGCAACAGUGGAAAGCCAUUUUUCGUCUUCUGGUCCCUCCUAGCCGUUCCUACCUUGACCAUUCUGAUUUCCAAUAUGGGCGACACCGUGGUGCAGUGGGUCAAGGACGUUACAAUUUGGCUGGGAGAGGUUACAGUGCUGCCAAGCGACGAGUCUAGCAUGCUCGAUCGUCUCCGAUAUGGUAUAUACAGGUCGAUUUUCGGCAAACAAGCCGCUCGAAAAAAGAGAGACCAGAAGCAAUCCACCAAAGCAAGGGAUUCUGAUUCGGAGGAUGGCCCGUAUCUGGAAGAGCCACCGGGGCGCAUCCUCGGGCGUGGGGUGUUCCGUAGACGGAAGAAGGCCAACAAGGACGCUAACGAACGGCUUGCCCAGGAUUUUGAGAAGUCGGAAGCAGUGGACGAAGAGGCGGCAAGGGAACACGGCGAUAAGAUUGCCGAAGAUGAACACCAUUAUCGGCGACUUCUGCUCUCAGAGAUUCGCAAGGUGUACAACGACUCUGCAGCAUCUCAGCCAAAGCACUACAGCUAUGCGGAGUGGUCAUAUUAUAUCAAGCUCCUGGGCCAAGAUGAAGGAGACAGUAAAUAUCACCGCCAGCCACAUGCAGCUGAUGACUUGCCUGGCUCCCACUCAAAUCAUCACGACCAGAAUACAGGUGAACCUGACAACAACCAAAGGGGUGAAAUGCAGGGACAGAGUCUGAGCAACAGCUCCCAGGCUGCAUCUCCACAAGGUGCUUCCAUGCGAUGGUCCUGGAUCGGCCAAAGAUCUCCACUCAUGGGUGAUAAGGAUGAGCCCAACUGGCUCCUGGAGAAGAUGUUUCAAAAGCUCGAGGAGAGCUUGCAGAAACGAUGGACCGGAGAGCCGAGACAGGAUGAGCACUCAUCAGCGCCGCAAGGCUCUGCGCCGCAAAGUCCUGCUCGUGGUCCGCCCCUGGAUCGAGAGUCUUCUCGGAGCGGAGCGGAUGCCGAUCAAUCAUCGAAAGACCGGAAAACACUAUGA